AUGAAGAUUUUCUCCUUCUUCGCCAUGGCGGCCAUCACCCUGGCCCAAACAACUCUCUUCCCAAUCUUCAACGCUGCCCCGACAACCCUCCCUAUCACCGGUGCAGAAGGCAGCAUUGUCUCCGCCGACUCCUCGGCAACCACCAUCGCCAUCCAAUGCGUCAAAGGCAACGACCUCUGCCAGCUCAACCAGGCCGUCACCGUCACCGAGGGCCUUUCCACGCAUUCCAUGAGUGCGGUUUUCUCAACGCACACACUCGCUCUAGAUGGGGUGCUUACCAUGAUCGAAGACUGCACCAUCACAUCCAGUACCGUCGGCGCGUCGUGCACGGUGUCGCUUACUUUAGAGCUGACAUCGCCGCCAGCAACAUCAUCGGGAUCAAUGACUGCUUCUGCCUCGGUUUCCACUACAAGCAGGAAUUGGGAGACGAGUUGUGGAUUACACGGUAUCUAUUAUAAGCCGUUGACGGUCACGGCGGGGAUGGAAAAGUUAAAUGUCCCCACUUCACAGCCAACGGAUGCGGGGGCGGGAGCGGGGGGGGAGGAUAAUCUGGGGAUCGGGAGGGCUCUGGCUGCAGCUGUGGCUGCUGCGGCUAUGUAUGUAUAG